CAUCGGUGGAUGUUGGCAGCUAUAAGCAUGAGGUCACCGUGGCACAGCUGCAUGCGUAGUCACUCUUGAAGCAGUUGCACACCUUGCUGGCUGACAAUCUUGGCAUUUGAAACACGAGCCUUCUAAAGACAGGGGAGUGUUUCUGCAUGAGCAGUCACACAGCACUGCUGGGUGUCACCAAUGGAGCCCUCUGGCACCGAACAGUUGUGUGAUGACCCUGAUCCUGGAGGCAGAUCCCAAGAUCAAGAGGCCAAAAAGCAACAUGAGUCAGAGCAAAAAUUGUCCAAAAUAACCCAUAAUGCUUUGGAGAACAUUAAUGUGAUUGGCCAAGGCUUGAAGCACCUUUUCCAGCACCAGCGCCGGAGGUCGUCAGUUUCUCCUCACGAUGUUCAGCAAGCGCAGGCCGAGCUGGAGCCCGAGGUGGAUCUGGAAAGCCAGGGCGUCUGUGCUGACAUUGAUGGUGUCUCCACCCACCCCACAGCUCUGAACCGGGUGCUGCAGCAGAUCAGAGUGCCACCCAAAAUGAAGAGGGGGACAAGCUUGCACAGCAGGCGGGGCAAGGCAGAGGCCCCGAAGGGCAGCCCGCAGAUCAACAGGAGGUCUGCCCAGGAGAUCCAGGUGGGGCGUCCCAGGUCCUCAUCCACUACUGAUGCUCCCACAAACCUGUCCCUGAUGGAGACUGCUGCUUCUGUCUGUGUAGGUGGAGAGGAGGCCACGGCAGCAGCAAUUGAGCGAUUGGAAGUCAGCAGCCUAGCACAGACAUCCAGCGCAGUGGCCUCAAGCACUGAUGGCAGCAUCAAUGCAGACUCUGUUGAUGGGACCCCUGACCCUCAACGUACAAAAGUGGCUAUCACACACCUGCAGCAGAAGAUCCUGAAGCUGACCGAGCAGAUCAAGAUCGAACAAACAGCCCGUGACGACAAUGUGGCAGAAUACCUGAAACUGGCCAACAAUGCAGACAAGCAGCAGACUGCCCGCAUAAAGCAGGUGUUUGAGAAGAAGAACCAAAAGUCAGCCCAGACCAUCUUGCAGCUGCAGAAGAAGCUAGAACAUUACCAUCGGAAGCUGCGAGAGAUUGAACAGAAUGGGAUCCCUCGGCAGACGAAGGAUGUUUUCAGGGAUAUGCACCAGGGCUUGAAAGAUGUUGGAGCAAAAGUCACUGGCUUUAGCGAGGGAGUAGUAGACAGUGUGAAAGGUGGGCUGUCCAGUUUCUCCCAAGCCACACAUUCAGCAGCAGGAGCUGUGGUUUCCAAACCCCGGGAGAUUGCCUCUCUCAUAAGGAACAAGUUUGGGAGCGCAGACAACAUUGCUAAUCUAAAAGACUCCUUAGAAGAAGGCCAGGAAGAUGGGGCAGGAGGCAAGGCUCUAGGCAUUAUUCAGAACUUUCAGUCGAGCCCAAAAUAUGGCAGUGAAGAGGAUUGCUCCAGUGCCACAUCGGGCUCAGUGGGAGCCAACAGCACAACAGGAGGCCCUGUGGGAGCCUCCAGCUCCAAAACAAACACUCUGGAUAUGCAGAGCUCAGGGUUUGAUGCAAUACUGCAUGAAAUUCAAGAAAUCCGAGAGACUCAGGCGAGGUUGGAAGAGUCAUUUGAGGACCUCAAGGUUCGCUACCAGAGGGAUUACUCCCUGAUAAUGCAGACUCUGCAGGAGGAGCGCUACAGAUGUGAGAGAUUGGAGGAGCAGCUGAAUGACCUGACUGAGCUCCACCAGAAUGAGAUCCUCAAUUUGAAACAGGAGCUGGCCAGCAUGGAGGAGAAGAUUGCCUACCAGUCCUACGAGCGAGCCCGGGACAUCCAGGAAGCCCUGGAGGCCUGCCAGACCCGCAUCUCCAAGAUGGAGCUGCAGCAGCAGCAGCAGCAGGUGGUGCAGCUGGAGGGGCUGGAGAACGCCACGGCCAGGAACCUGCUGGGGAAGUUCAUCAACAUCCUCCUGGCUGUCAUGGCUGUCCUCCUGGUCUUCGUCUCCACCGUGGCCAACUGUGUGGUGCCGCUGAUGAAGACUCGCAACAGGACGUUCAGCACUUUAUUCCUGGUAGUUUUCAUUGCCUUUCUGUGGAAGCACUGGGAUGCCCUUACCGGCUACUUGGAACGCUUCUUUUCCCCCCCCAGAUGA